AUGGAAGUCAGGCAUGACUGGCUCUCCUCAUCCCCCCAUGAGGGCUUCGAGCAGAUGAGGCUGAAGAGCAGACCCAGGGAGCCUUCCCCAAGCCUCACCAGAGUAGGUGCGAACUUCUACAGCACUGUCAAGCAGCAGGACUACAGUGCCAGUGUCUGGCUGAGGAGGAAAGACAAACUGGAGCACUCCCAGCAAAGAUGCAUUGUGAUCUUUGCACUGGUAUGCUGCUUUGCAAUUCUGGUUGCACUGAUAUUUUCGGCAGUGGAUAUUAUGGGAGAAGAUGAGGAUGGACUCUCAGAAAAGAACUGUCAAAAUAACUGUCGGGUUGCUCUCGUGGAAAAUAUUCCUGAAGGGAUCAACUAUUCAGACAGUGCACCAUCCCAUUUGUCUCUUUUCCAAGGCUGGAUGAAUUUGCUUAAUAUGGCUGAAAAGUCUGUUGACAUAGUAUCUUCCCAGUGGGACCUCAAUCACAGUCAUCCAUCAGCAUGCCAGGGUCAGCGACUUUUUGAAAAACUGCUUGAACUGGCGUCCCGAAAUAUUGAGAUAAAACUAGUGAGCGAUAAACUGCCCGUGGAAUCAAAGGUAUUAAACGACUUGAAAACAAAGGGUGCUGAAGUGUUGUAUAUGAACAUGUCAGCAUAUAAUGAAGGUCGGCUUCAGUCUUCGUUCUGGAUUGUUGAUAAGCAGCAUGUAUACAUUGGAAGUGCCAGCCUGGACUGGAGAUCGUUGGGACAGAUGAAGGAACUUGGCGUCAUUGUAUACAACUGUAGCUGCCUGGUCCUGGAUUUACAAAGGAUAUUUGCCCUGUAUAGCUCAUUAAGGUAUAAGAAUAAAAUACCUCCGAGUUGGUCUAAGAGACUCUAUGGAGUGUACGAUACUCAAAAUAAACUGACACUUCAGCUGAACGAGACAAAAUCAGAAGCUUUUGUGUCGAACUCACCUAAACUCUUCUGCCCCAAGGACAGAGUCCUGGAUAUCGAAGCUAUCUACAGUGUUAUUGACGAUGCCAAACAGUUUGUGUACAUUGCUGUCAUGGACUACUUGCCCAUUGUCAUCAACACCAAUGCUAAACGGUACUGGCCGUAUUUAGAUGGGAAGAUAAGAGAAGCAUUAGUUUUACGAAGUAUUAAAGUGCGACUUCUCAUAAGUUUCUCAAGAGACACAGAUCCCCUUACUUUCAACUUUGUUUCAUCUCUGAAAGCUAUUUGCACUGAAGUUCCAAGCUGUAGUUUGAAAGUUAAAUUCUUUGACCUUGAGGAAGAGAGUGCCUGCUUUCUUAAAGAACAGAAGAACACUUCCCUUCCCAAACUGAAUCGUAACAAAUACAUGGUGACUGAUGGAGCUGCAUAUAUUGGUAAUUUUGAUUGGGUAGGAAAUGCUUUUACGCAGAAUGCUGGAGCUGGCCUUGUUAUCAACCAAGCAGACGCGGGGAACAGCACAAGCAUCAUUAAGCAACUCAAGGCUGUUUUUGAAAGGGACUGGUAUUCACAUUAUGCCAAAAGUUUACAACCAACAAAAAUCCCAAACUGCUUUAAUCACAAACUCAAUAAAGGAACUUCAAAUAAGACUUCCAUGAGCAAUGUGAAUUAGAAAGACUGUUUUACCAUUUAGUAUGGCAAUGAAGAAUUAUGUUGGGGUGUAGCCUUCUUUCAUAUUUACAGACAAAAGACUUAAAGAAAA